AUUUUAGAAAACCGGGAUGCCAUCAAUGUUUGUUUUGUCGAGAUGAAAAACCAAGAAGAUUGUCAUUUUGUCGUGCCGCCUGACGAAAGCUGCGACAGUUUGUCUAUUCGUGCAUCGGACAACACUGGUAUAAAUGUCAUGUUAAACAAAGGAUGUGCUGAACGUGGCUCUAGUCAGCUCCUUGACAACGCACCACCGUCCUGCAAUGUGCCUUGUUUCAAGAUCAGAGAGCGGGGGAAAUACUGUUAUAUUUCUACGCGAAACAGCAAUUUCUCGAACAGGGAACACCGAGGAGAAAUUACUGUGAAUUGAAAUUGAAAAAGAGGGUUCCUUGAGUUACGUUAGUAUCAAUAACUUUUUUUUUUCAAAGUGAGUUUAGUUCUGUCCGUCUGUUUCAUUGUUUUUCUUUAUUUUAUUCUUUCUUGAGCAAAAGUAGAAUACGAGUAGGCCUGUCCAGUUGUUAAUCGACAACUCUCCUGCAUACUUUAAAUUAAGCACGCAGUAACCUUUAGGAAAACCUAGGAAAUUACUAUGAUCUGUAAUAACAAAGAUCGCAAGGUACAAGAAAGGGAUGUUCGCAAUGUCUGUGCUUAGAAACUGUUCAUGAGCAACUUUUGCGUACAUUUUAGGGACAAUAUGGAGUAAUAUUUCUUCAGUUUAUUAGUACAAUCUGGAUAGACCUUGUUUACGACUAGUCACUUUCCUUUUUGGUUUUCUAAGAAAGUAAAGCCAAGGAAAAGAGCGCGACAAAACGCCUUUCGUGAGGAGAGAUUUCGCGCGCGUCUCACUACCUCUACGCUUUUCGCCUCGGUCGCUGAAUCGAGAGAAAUUUGCACCAGCUAAGCAAAAUAUACUGCACUUUAAAGCUUAAGUUCUCACGUUCACGGUUUCAAGCUUAAUAUAUUACCAAUACCCUGUGAAUUUAGUUACAAAGCGUUUUGACAGUUUACUAAAAAAAAAGGUUCUGGUGUUUAUAACUUUCGCCGCCACUCAUUAACAUAACUGUACUCGGGCGUGCGGAAACAUCUUCAAUGAAAACUAAUUGUUUAACACAUCUUUGUCCAUGUUUCCACUUAAUAGUAAAUGAAAUCAGAGCAAAUGAAGCGAAAAAAGUCUCAGAUGUGUGACCGCAGCGAACUUAGCUUCUACUCUCUCUUAGACACGUAAAGGGGCGUAUGUUACGCUAUUUGCUAUUUUGUUUUAAAAAGCUAAAACUUUUUUUCGCAUCAUUUCAAUUCAAAAAAUAUAAAUGGUCCAGUUUUGUUAUUUAAGACUAAUUCUAUAUUUAGGCUGUAAAACUGUUUCCUGUCGUCUUUUACUGUGUAUGGCAAGGAUGGACAUGAAUUGAAACUUCAAAAAGUUGGGCCAACUUUUUCAAGUUUUAAUGCCAUCAUGCCUGCAAAUAUCACGUUAAAAAUUAUUAUGGUUUGUGCUCCCUGAUGAAGUUUACUAAUAUUUUCUCCAUAACUCUACAGGAGCAUUUUGUGUAUUGGUGAAGGGGUAUCAAUUUAGGCUUCUGAAAAACUGCCCACCUACCCCUCCCCUAAGCCAACAUUUUGCCCUAAGUGAGAAGUAAGUGAUAAUGUUGACUUAGAGGAGGGGUGGGUGGUUAGUUGCCCAGUAACCUAAUUGAUCCGCGUCGUGCGCCGACCAAUUCCCAGUUGCACACAUCCCAUGAUUUUGUUAUUGAUACGCUUACUCAGGAGCCCUCAGUGAUGCCUUUAAUUUUCGCAGGGCAGCGCAGAAUUUAAUGCCUUGUCCACACGUGUCGGGACAUCUUUGAAAACAGCGAUUUUUUUCUCGGUUUUCGAAAAAGUACGCGUACACUCGUAGCGUAUUCGAGUCGUUUUCGUCAAGUCAAGUCAAGUCAAGUCAAUCUUUAUUUAAACACGGUAAAAUCCAUCAGGAAUUUAAAAAAUUAAAAAUAACCUAACUAUCCUAAACAAAAUUCAAAACCUGACUACAACUAAUCUAACUAAAACCUGUUUUUCAUGAAUGCCGUGUAUAACAUUAAAAAUGAACAUUAACUAAUCUUUUAAAUUGACUAAGAGAUUCGGCUUCUCUCACAUGACAGGGUAGGCUGUUCCAGAGAACUGUUCCGCUAUAAGUAAAGCUGUUUUUCAUGAAAUUAGUUCGCGGAAAUGGGACAAAUAGUUUGUUAACAGAGUCCCUCAGGGAGUAACGCGUUUCAUUUCGUUUAACAAACUUAGAUGAUAAAUAUUCAGGAACAAGGCCAUUUAAAGACUUGUAUACCAUUAUGGAUUUCUGUAUUUGAAAUUGAGUGCUCAAGUCUUUCCAAUCGAGUUGUCUAAUCAAACGGUUAGCAUCAGCAUCAUAGCUAGAGAAGGUUAAAACGCGAGCGGCACGGUUCUGAAGCUUCUGUAGCCUGUCAAAUAAUGUUUUACCACAAUUACCCCAGACAAGAUUGCAAUAAUCGAAAUGAGAUUGAAUUAGUGAGUUGUAUAUAUAGUGAAGGGUAGGUGGAGGGACAAAAGGUCUAAUUCUUUUUAUUGCUCCAAUUCCGGAAGCGACCUUUUUAGAUAAUUUAUCAAUGUGUGUUUGCCACCGUAGAUUUUCAUCAAUAAAUAUUCCAAGCGAUUUGACAGAGGAAACGUGUUCUAUCGGAACAUUAUUAAUCGAGAGCUCAAGUGGGUUCGACAAAGUACUCAAUUUUUGUCUGGAGCCAAUUAGCAUGAAUUCAGUUUUAGAAGUGUUCAAAGUAAGUUUAUUGGAAAUAAGCCAUUUGUUUAGGUUAUCUAAAUCGUGACUCAGAGUUAACUGUAUUGAAUUCACAUCAACGCCAGCAUAAGUAAUGUGGGUGUCAUCGGCAUACAUUCUAGGCUGGCACGAAGUAAGGCAGUUUGGCAAGUCAUUAAUAUAAAUAAGAAAUAAAAAGGGGCCAAGGAUUGUUCCUUGCGGUACCCCACAUUUAAGAGAGCAGAUUCUAGAAAGAGAACCGUUAACAAGACAUCGUUGUGUACGAUUAGUUAAAUACGACCUAAACCAAUCAAGAGCUGUACCUUGUAUUCCGUAAAGGUUCAUUUUAGCUAGAAGGAUAUCGUGGUCAACGGUGUCGAAAGCCUUUUUUAAAUCGAGGAAAACCACAGCAUUAACAUUGCCACGAUCAAUAUUAAAGGCCCAAUUAUCUGUAGCUUCCAGAAGGGCAGUUGCAGUUGAGUGUAACGAGCGAAAACCCGAUUGAUGAUUAGAAAUGAUAUCUUCAUUGGUCAAAAAGUUAUACAACUGAUCAUAAACAAUCCUUUCAAACACUUUAGCUAUAACGGAAAUGACUGAAAUAGGUCGAUAAUUAUUCAGAUCAGAUGGCUCACCUUCCUUGAACAACGGAGUAACUCUAGCACAUUUCCAAUCAUCAGGAAAUAUACCAGAGACUAAAGAUUUAUUAAAGAGAUCACAUAGUGAAACUGAAAUAAGAUCAGCACAUUCACGUACAAUUUUAGCAGAAAUAUUAUCAAGACCAGUUGCUUUAGAUCUACAUAAUUUGUUUAGAUGUGAGAAAACAAUGCUGCAGUUAGUCGAGGAGAAGCUGAAAUUGUUGUUAUUUACCUUUAUAUUAUUGAUAUAACUUGAAUUAUUUUCAGCAGUUAGAGGUAUUUCAUUAGCAAGUCUGGGCCCAAUUGUUGAAAAAUGGUCAUUAAAAGCAUCAGAAAGCUCACUAGAAUUAGAGAUAAUGGUAUCAUUCAAUUUCAGUUCUUUCACCGUUGUAUUAUUCACACGACGGGAUGUAAGCUCAUUAAAGGUUUGCCACGUUUUUCGAGGAUUACCCUUAGAUUGAAUAAAUGCAUUAGAAUAAUAAGAUGCUUUAGAAAUUUUGAUGUCAUUGUUUAUUAUAUUUCGCAACUUUUUGUACCUUUUCCAAUCGUGUGGAUCAUUCGAUGUAAUUGCUUUUCUUUUGGCAGCAUCACGAUCACGCAUGCCUUUCUUUAAUUCUGAAUUGAUCCAGGGUGCUUUAUUUGUUCUAGUACGUCUAGUUCGGAGUGGCGCAUGAAUAUUAACAAUAUCCAAAAACUUCGUUUUCCAGUCAGUCCACAAAACAUUUGGAUCUUCAGAAACAUUACAGGACCAGUCUUGCUGAGCGAUAUCGUUACGAAAACUCUCUCUAUUAAAAUUUUGGAAAUUUCUAUAAGAAAUGGUUGAGUGCCCUUUUGAAGGAAAAGUGAGAGAUAAUUUCCUAUAAACGUAAAUAAGGCUAUGAUCGCUGAUACCAAUAUGAGAGACUCCGGAACAGACUACCCUGUCAGUAUAGUUUGUAUAAAUUAAAUCAAUUAAUGUACUAACCCUAACACUUAACCCUAACCACUUAAAAAGGAUAAGCCGGCAUUUUCAAAAACUCCUCUUUGGGUGCAGUUUUUGAAAACCUGUGUUUUUUGUGGCCGGAAAACGCCGUUUACGUGUGGAUGGAGGGUUAAAAAAGAGAAAAAAAUCUUCGUUUUGAAAAAUAUCCGGUAACGUGUUUAGAAACUUAACACUGGAGAGCGAAAACGUUUGCCAAAUUUGAAGACGUAAGAGUAGCUCAUUUUCAAUCCUGUUUGUUGCGAAGGUAAAUUUUUUGCCAUUUUUUACCCGGCAACAACUUAUUGCCUCCCGGGUAAAGACACAUACUUUUUGCAGUUAACAGCGACACUUCGCGUUCUUGUGCGUCCAAUUUUCUGCUUUCCUCCGACAUCUGUUCCGACGCAGGUAUCCUGCGUGAGGACAGAGGAAAGCCCCUUAAGUGCCACAAACAGGCGUUUGAAAUAAACUUUCAGGCAAUGCUUUUCUUAAAAGGUGCGGCAAUAGACACUAAGAAUAUCGCUGUUAAUUCUGGUUCUGGGAAGGGUAGUCAUGGUAAACACGGGCAUGUCACAUGACACCUAACAAGAUAAUUUUAUGUACGACUUCAUUCUACCAGAGUAAACAUUCUCGCGAAAAUUAAAGGCAUUCAAUUUACAUUAUCACUAGUAAGAGUUUUAAGAAGGCUCUUGCUGGAUUUAUAAUAAUUUAUUUGGGAUAAAGGUAUAAACUGGAAAUCCUUUACGGACCAAGCUGGAAAUAGUUUUAGUUUAAGCCGAAGAAAUACAAAUUGGGAGAAACAGGGGAUUUAAAACAGCACAUACAGACAAAUAUUUAAAAAUAUUUUGUUUUCAAUCGUUGUUGUUUGUAUGUGGGGGAUAACAAAUACAGGGAUCGAAAGACAAGUAGUGGAUAAGAUAAGAAAUAGGUUCAACCUAUCAAGUUUAAGUUUAGUUUAUUUCGCACUAUUCAAGUUGGUACAGUAUAAGAUAAAUGAUGGCGUACAGAAUCAGUAGGUUAACAAAUGAUGAAAAGUAAAUAUAAUAUACAGGUUUGUUGAUAUGUGCACAGUGACCAAAGUAGCCAAGCUUGCUUAUCUUAUCCACUACUCAGUUGUCUUUUGAGUUCAAAACAGUUUUUCGGACAGUGUAAUUCUUGCACGGAUAUGAUAUUUAAAGGGAAUGGGAAAUAAAAAGUAAUCAAGAUAAAUUCAGUUUGAUAGUAAUUUAUUGGACAAGGGAUUAUAAGUUGAGGUAAUCAAAAGGCGUAAAUCAUUUAACAGUUGUAUGUCAUUAAAGAUAUUAAUAAAAUGAGGUAUUUAAGGGAAAACUACGUCCUGUUAAUUUUGAUUGUCUGUUUUUCGCUGGAUUACAGUCAUGUGAUGUAAUCAACAUUCAUGGGUAGGAGAUAUCAGUCGUUUUAAGAUUGUUGUCGCACAAGCUUGAGUUCGCUCUAGGGCGAUGGGCAUCCCGAUUCUGGAAUAAGGAAAAUUUUUCUCGUGGAAUCCGGAAUCCUUGGCUUUGGAAUCCGGAAUAAAGCUUACGGAAUCCGGAUUCCACUAAAGAUUGGAAUCCAGAAUCCAAGUUCCAUUGACAAAGGGUGCGUUCCUUUGGGAUGAUCCGGAUCAGGAUCAGUGAUCAGAGAUCACUCGGAUCAUGGUAGAUCAAAUGAAUCGAUGAAUCCUUGUCCAGAGUGGAUUCAUCGGUUCAUUUGAUCUGACAUGAUCCGAGUGAUCUCGGAUCACUGAUCCUGAUCCGGAUCAUCCCAAAGGAACGCACCCAAAGACUUUGAAAUCCAUUACCUGGGAUCUGGAAUCCGUGGCGUGGAAUCCAGAAUCUUGGAUUUCCUUAUAUGGGGCGAUAGAAUCUAGAUCUAAAUGAAAAAACAAAUCACAAACAACGUGGUAUCAGGGUUCGAAUCCCCGAAGCGCGCGCGUGUGUCUGUAUUCGGCUUACUAGAUUUUCAGUUGCCUCUCCCCAAUAGACCUCUUUAGCUUGUAAGUUCUGUUUUCUCAUUAGAGGUCCCAGGGGAACUUGACCUUUUGUCUCUUCAUAAAUUAUGCGUAAAUAUGCACGUGAAUAAGGUGUAAUUUGAAAGAAACAGUUCCCUAGAGUAUUAUCACAUGACCUGUAUUGGGAAAACAAAACAUACAACAUGAAGAGGUAUAUUAUGACUAAAAAAACGUCUUGUUUAUUUGGAAUCAAUAUCCCGAGAAUUUGCAUGAAUACAAGUCCUUGAACCAUUUAAAUGUAAAUUGGACCGCUGCAUCCCAGCUUCUUUGAUUCUUUACUAUAAUAUUUAGAUCACAGAUUUAAUAUCUCUGAUGGUUAUUGAUAUAUUUAAAUGCACGGCUAAGCGUGCGUUAAACAAAAAUGUUUGAUGUAAACCAGUGCUUGUAGCUGAUGAAGUUACUUUACAAUUCGGCUUGUGCGAGUGAGUGAAGAAGGCUUGGAACCGAGCGCGAUAGUGCUAGCACCGCUGGUAAAAAUGGCAGGUACCGAAAAACUGUUCGACGAAAAUUUUCCCUUUUUUUUCGUGAGAAUCAUGGAAUUUUUCAGAUGCAUGAGUCAGAUAUAUCCUUUCGCAACAUUUGUGACUCUUUUUAAAUGGGAGAAACAAACUGUGGUGACCGUUUGUUUUCCUUGCAGAAGCGCCGCCAUUUGUGACUUUAGCGAUUAUUGUUACGCCUCCUAGGAGAAGACCAUUUUGCAGGUGUGGGCUUAGUACUCUAGCCUUCGAGUGA